AUGGCAGGCAAAAAGAGAACAAGGACCGGCGAGGUCAAGCCUUCCAAUGCGACACAACAACCGCAAACCACCACAGAAACUACUCCCCCAUGCGCGCAACCACAAUCAGCCGCGAACAAGUCCACCGCAACAACUCACUCCGACCAAAACACCACCCUAGAAGGAAAAAGAGCCACGGGUCCCCCAAACCCUACGCCCUCGAAAUCCAAGUCCAAGCCGAAACAACCACACACCCAGCAGCUGCGCCAGAAACUCCCCAAACUCCCACCCAAUACAACCAUCUCCCGCCGCCCCCUCCUCCGCCCCUCCCUCCCCACCCCCUUCUCCUCCUCCGCCUCCCCCAAAGUCCUCUACAUAACCAGCUCCACGCCCUUUGUCCCUGCGCUCAAGCGCAUCCGCAAACUGCUCGCAGAAAUCCAGCAGCGGGGCAAACAAUCCCAGCGCAAAAAACAUUCGGGCUUGAAGAGCAGAGAGGUGGAGAAGGGGAUUGUGGAUGAAUUGGCGCGGAAGAAGGGUGGUGCAGAGGGCGAGAAGGUAUACGUGAAGGCGACGGGGCGUGCGAUUCCCAAGGCGUUGGGUUUGGGCGUAGAGUUUCAGGGCGAGGAGGGGUGUGUGGUUAGGGUGGAGAUGGGUAGUGUGAGGGCGGUGGAUGAUGUUGGAGUGGUGGGUAAGGAGGGGGACGAUGGGGACGAAGAGGAUAUACCCGAGACGAGGAUACGGAAUGUGAGUUCGGUCACUGUUAGUAUCGGAUUGGAGUAA